AAAUUAACUUGGGCCCAGCCUUGACUUGAGGCCCAACUUGAGCCCUUAUUUCUUCUCUGAGUUCUCUGUCGUCUCUCGUUAGUCGUUUCUCAUUGUAUACUAACAGAAAUCAUCUUCUAUCUUACAAAUUUCACCGCCGCCUUCCUCCUUCGGCGACAUCAGCCACUGCAGGUCAUCGCCACGUCCACCACCACACAUACCCCAUCAUGGAUAAAGAAGUUCCGAGCAAUAAACAGAGAGAAUCCGAUGGCCGUCGGCGCAGGUCCGAAUCCAGAGCCAGGGAUUGGGAUGCGCGCAGCCAGACCUCCCAUGAGAGGUCCAAUUCUGUUGAGCGAAAGAAGAGGAAGUAUAAGGGGGAGAGGGAGGAGAUGGAUCGAGAUGUAAAUGAGAGGAAGAAAAGGAAGGAGAUGAGUGAGAAUGAGGAGAGGAGCAAGAGAACUAGGGUUUAUGAAGACAAUCAGAGGGAUAUGCGUAGGUUCGAGGAUGUUAGGGCUAAGGAGGGUGAUAAGGAUGGCGAUGAGUUUGGAUGGGUGAAGCACGAGCCGCGCAAUGUAAGUUCCUUUUUUAUGUUUUAUCUUGUUUGAGUUCUUUCAUCUUCGUUUAUUUGAAAAUGAUCAAUUUUUUACUACUUACUAGAGUUUGAUCGAUUCGUAUCGUGCAAUGCAACUGUAAUUGCGGCAUUUCGAUGAACAAUUUAGAUAUGUAUCACUAAGUAAUUUAUGGGUGUAAAUGAGCAAAGUUGGUGAAGGCUAAUUCUAGCUAACUUUUGUGUAAGAGCUUCACUUUGCAUUGCCUUUCUGGUGAAUUUACAUUUGGUUGCGGAUUUGACAUCGGAGAAUGUUCUCUGUGGUGGGUUUAUAUGUUAUCUUUGUUGCCAGAUAUACAGCCAGUUAAUAAUUGAUCGUACUGAUUGACUCACCUACAAUUUGUAGGUGCUGUGUUGCACUUGCGCUUGCGCUUGUAUGUUCUAGUUAAUGGUAGUCGGGUAGUAUGGGGGUUAUAUUGUUGAAUACUAGCAUACAGUAUUUCUAAAUUGCAAAACUGGCAGCUUUCAAGUCCUUAUGGUUGGGAAUGUGAUAUUUCUGCCAUGCUGCCUAGCAUGUUUUAUUUUUUACUUUUGAAAUGUAUUUCACUAGGUCUUUACCCCUGUUUGUUGUGAAUCUUAUACUCCAACUCUUACUGUGAUUGUUGUGAUCAUUGGAAAACUUGUAUCCACUUUGGGAGUUACAUGUUUGUGAUGGCUGUGAAUUUGACCCAACUCUUCAUGGCACCUUAGUUUUUUUAUCAUCGUGGCAUUGGAGUCCAAGAGAAAUUUGCUCUCAUAUCGUAGUUGGCUUGAAAUGCUGAAAAAAAAUAUAUUCUUCUUGCAGGAGGUUGCAACUAGACCAGUUGCCGGCUCAAAUGGGGGCUUGUCCCGUGAUACUUUAGCCAAAGCUAAGUUAGCUCUUCAAAAGCAGAAAGAGCUUGCAGAGAGGAUGAAGAAAAUUUCUUCAUUGAACAGGAACAGAGAUGCGAGCUCAACUGAAGUGGGUAAUCAAAGAGUGGGUGAUAAAGUGGGAGCGAAAACUUCUUCCUCAGGCAUACGCCCGAGUCGAACUAGUGCCCCAGUCAGUGUUCCUUCUGAAGGGAUGCCAAGCACACCGAAUCCUGCUGCCCCAUUACAGGCAGGUGUGCCUGAGAUUACUGGACUAACAGCACGAAACGUUGAAUCUGUAAAACGUGCACAUGAAUUGGCUGCUAAAAUGGGAUUUUGGCAAGACCCUGAGUUUGCUACUGUCUUCAAUGCAUUUCCAGGACAGUUGCCGCCGGAUAUUUCCUUCCAACCGAAACCUUCAAAAGUUCCUGUUCUUCGUUUGGAUGCAAUGGGCCGGGAAAUUGAUGAGAAGGGGAAAGUUGUGGAUAUUCCAAAAGCGCAAAGCCUUAGUACUCUCAAGGUGAAUAUCAACAAGCAAAAGAAAGAUGCCUUUCGAAUUCUUAAACCUGAACUUGAUGUGGAUCCUGAAACAAAUCCACAUUUUGAUCCUAGGGUAGGGAUUAAUAAAGAUAAGCUAUUAAGGACUAAGAGGCCGACAAUGCUGUUUGUUGAGGAAGGCAAGUGGUCAAAAGAUGCAGAAAGCAUUAAACUGAGGUCUCAAUUUGGAGAAGCAAAAGCCAAGGAGCUCAAGACAAAGCAAAUCCAGCUGGCAAAGGCAAAAGCAGAGCCAGAUAUUAAUCCAAAUCUAAUAGAAGUAGGAGAGAGAGUGAUUACCAAAGAAAAGCCCAAGGAAUCAAUUCCUGAUGUCGAGUGGUGGGAUGUGCCAUUUCUGCAUUCUGGUAGCUAUGGUGAUAUAAUUGAUGGUGGCAUAGACCGAGAGAAGAUCAAGAUGGACAAAAUCACCAUAUAUGUUGAACACCCUCGACCAAUUGAGCCUCCGGCUGAACCAGCUCCGCCUCCACCUCAACCUUUAAAGCUAACUAAGAAGGAACAGAAGAAACUUCGCACACAGCGUCGGUUGGCCAGGGAAAAAGAUAGGCAAGAGAUGAUUAGACUAGGUGUUUUGGAGCCACCAAAACCUAAAGUGAAAAUGAGCAACCUCAUGAAAGUUCUUGGAUCAGAAGCAACACAGGAUCCCACAAAGCUUGAAAUGGAAAUAAGAAGUGCUGCAGCUGAGCGUGAGCAGGCUCACAUUGACAGGAACAUUGCCCGUAAGCUCACGCCAGCAGAGCGCCGUGGAAAGAAAGAGAGAAAGCUAUUUGAUGAUCCCAGCACCCUUGAUACAAUUGUUUCGGUUUACAAGAUCAAUGACCUCUCUCAUCCCCAGGUCCGUUUUAAGGUCGAUGUUAAUGCCCAAGAGAACAGGCUGAGUGGAUGCGCUAUAAUUUCAGUAGGCAUAAGUGUUGUAGUUGUUGAGGGUGGUUCCAAAGCAAUCAAGAGAUACGGGAAGCUUAUGCUUCGGAGGAUUGAUUGGAGUGCUACUGUUGAAAAAGAAGACGAUGAAGAAAAUGAUGAUGAGGAGAAACCAGUUAACAAAUGUGUGCUGGUUUGGCAGGGAACCGUUGCUAAGCCAAGUUUCAACAGAUUUUUCGUCCAAGAAUGCAGAAGUGAGGCAGUUGCACGCAAAUUCUUUUCAGAUCACCGUGUUGCUCAUUAUUGGGAUCUCGCAAUCAACUUCACCCCCGACGAUCCUAUGUAAUCUCGAUGUUUGGACCAGGAUAUUGCUUUCAUCUGCUCUGUGAUUCUCGACUUCUCUUUAUAUUGAAAAUGUCUUUUUAGUAA